AAAUACAGAAAGAAAACAAAAUCUCAGAGAAUCAUUCAUUACUUAAGUAGACUCUCUCUUGGAAGUCUUUGGGAGUUCAACUCCAAUUCUUCUCUCCAGACCUCGAUUAACUUCAUAAACACAGCUCACAGCUGCCUCCAUCCCAAUCUCUAUGUGACAAACCCAAAGUAACUUCACAUUGUUUCAUAAAAAAAACAACAACAAACCAUUCAGCUCUGCAAUAGAGCUGCUGAGCAAUGAAAAUGGCUGCUCUGCUGUUUGCUCUGGUUUUCUCCUCCUUCCUAUCAAUCUCAAAUGCAAAGCUAUCAAGUAGUCUUGGUGUAUGUUAUGGUCAAUUAGGAAACAAUCUACCAUCACCAGCAAAAUCAGUUGAGCUACUGAAAUCUCUCAAAGUAAGUCAAGUGAAACUUUAUGAUCCAAACCCUAAGAUCUUAACAGCAUUAGCAGGUACUAAGAUCCAUGUCUUAACUAUGGUACCAAAUGAAAUCAUAUCAAACAUUUCUAAGAAUCAGUCUCUUUCAGAUGAAUGGGUUAGAGUUAAUAUCCUUCCUUUUUAUCCUAAGACUAGAAUUACAGCUUUACUUGUUGGUAAUGAAAUUCUUAGUCCAUGGCAGACUAACAAAACUUGGGUAGAUCUUGUUCCUGCUAUGAGAAAAGUUAGGCAAUCUUUGAAGAAAUACAAACUUCAGAAGAUUAAAGUUGGUACUCCAUUAGCUAUUGAUGCUGUUGAUCAAGCUAUCCCAUACCCACCUUCAAAUGGAACUUUUCGAUCCGAUAUAGCUAUCUCUGUUAUGAAGCCAAUGUUGCAGUUUUUGAAUAGGACUAAAUCGUUUUUCUUCCUAGAUGCUUAUACUUACUUCCCUUGGUCUGCAAAUCCUGAUAAGAUUGGUUUAGAUUAUGCACUUUUCGAAGGGAAUAUAACUUAUACUGACCCUGUUAGUGGCUUAUUGUACACCAAUUUGCUUGAUCAAAUUCUUGAUUCGGUUGUUUUUGCUAUGACUAAGAUGGGUUAUCCAAAUAUACCUAUAUUUUUAGCUGAAACUGGUUGGCCUUCUAAUGGUGAUGUCGACCAAAUUGGAGGUAAUAUUAAAAAUGCUGCAACUUACAAUAGAAAUUUUAUCAAGAGAGCAACGGCUGUGCCAACUUAUGGAACUCCUGCGCGACCUGGAUGGGCAAUUCCUACUCUAAUCUUUGCUUUGUAUAAUGAGAAUACGAAGCCUGGUCCUAGUACAGAAAGGAAUUGGGGGUUGUUGUAUCCCACCGGGAAACCAGUUUAUGAAGUUGACUUAACAGGCAAACGGUAUGACUACCCUGUGUUGCCUGAGGGAAAGAAUAAUGUGCCGUAUAAGGGUAAGGUAUGGUGUGUUGUGGCGACAGGUGUGACGAAUAUGACAGAGGUGGGAAAUGCGGUUACUUAUGCUUGUGGACAGGGUAAUGGAACUUGUGACGCGAUCCAACCUGGAAAGGCAUGUUAUCAACCAAAUUCAUUGGUUGCUCAUGCUAAUUAUGCGUUCAGUUCUUAUUGGUCUCAGCGUAGGAGUAUUGGUGCCACUUGUUACUUCAAUGGAGUUGCUGUUCAAACUACAAAAGACCCUGGUUAUAGAUCUUGCAAGUUCCCCAGUGUGACUCUCUAAGAAGUUCAUUUAUAAAACUUACUGUUUCAAUCACUUUUAUUCCACUCUCUAGUUUUGUAAUUUUCUUAUAGUUUUCAUUAUUGUUGUUGAACAUUUGAAGACCUCAAUGGCUAUGUAUCUCAAGUGCCAGUAGCUAAGGAUACCUGUAGACUGUAGAGUGUAGUGAUGGGUACAAGAAUUUAGCUUGUCCUCUGUUCAAACUUGGAAUGCUAAUUUUAUUUGAAAGCUUAGAUUGGUGUUUUCGCUGUUUUGUUUUCAGCUUA